CUUUAUAGCAACCGUUGCCCCGUGAUUCAGCGCCAUAGUCACCGUAGUCCUGGCGACUGUAACCCACCAACAACAACAACAACCUCGCGCUCCAUCCUCACCGCCUCUGCCAUCCUCAUCCUCAUCCACACAUAAUACCGCUCAGUCCAGGCGCCAUGCAAACCCCAGAGGCAGGCGCUGACUCUGCGUCUACAGUGCCCCUCCAGACCAGCGUGCCUGUGCAGCCUGCUGUCACUGCCCAGCAGGUGGCCUCUCAGGUGCCCGUCCAGCAACAGGCCCAGACUGUUCAACAGGUCCAGCAUGUAUAUCCAGCACAGGUGCAGUAUGUGGAGGAGAACAGCGGUGUCUACACCAAUGGAACCAUACGGACGUAUUCCUACUCCGAGCCCCAGAUGUAUAGCCAGAACAGUGCGGGGAACUACUUUGACACGCAAGGCAGCUCAUCUCAUGUGACCACGGUGGUGACAUCUCACAGCAUGGCCAACAACGGCAACGGAAAUGGCGGGCUGCCGAUGGGCCUCUCCGGCAGCCAGAUCAUCAGCAGCUCAGGAGCAUAUCUGAUCGGGGGCAACUCUAUGGACAACUCAGCCCCUCACACUGCAGCCCAGACCACCAGGGCCUCCCCAGCUACAAUUGAAAUGGCGAUUGAGACGCUCCAAAAGUCUGAGGGUUUGUCCAGUCAGAGAAGCUCACUGCUCAACAGCCAUCUACAAUGGCUCCUGGACAACUACGAGACUGCAGAGGGGGUGAGUCUGCCUCGCUCCAUGCUUUACAGCCACUAUCUGCGCCACUGCCAAGAGCAGAAACUGGACCCAGUCAAUGCUGCAUCAUUCGGAAAACUCAUCCGCUCCAUCUUCAUGGGGCUUCGUACUCGCCGCCUGGGAACCAGAGGGAACUCAAAGUAUCAUUACUAUGGUAUCCGGGUGAAGCCAGACUCGCCUCUGAACCAGCUGCAGGAAGACAUGCAGUAUAUGGCACUGCGACAGCAGCCUGUCCAGCAUAAACAGAGGUUCAAGCCAGUGCACAAAAUGGAUGGAGUUUCAGGUGACUAUUCCAACAGCGGCCAGCACAAUCUCAUUGCUGCAGAGCAGACUAUCCUUGCACAGAGCCAGCACCAUCAGCAGUUCCUGGAUGCCUCUCGAGCUCUCCCUGAGUUUGUAGAGCUUGACCUUGGAGAGCAUGUAGUAGAAGGCGUCAGCAUGGAGGAUAUCAAAGCCCUUCAGACACUGUACAGAGAACACUGCGAGGCCAUUUUGGAUGUGGUGGUAAACCUCCAGUUCAGCCUGAUAGAGAAGCUGUGGCAGACGUUCUGGCGCUAUUCCCCUUCCAACUCUGUAGAGGGCACCACCAUCACGCAAAACAGCGGGGUGAGCGAGAUUGAGAGCCGUCUACCGCAAACCAGGCUGCUGCUGCUGUGCCGGAGUGAGGCCGUGCUGAAGUGGAUGAGUGCCUGUGAUCACCUGAUGUACCAGGCUCUGGUGGAGAUCCUCAUCCCUGAUGUACUCAGACCCAUUCCUAGUGCCUUGACUCAAGCCAUCCGUAACUUUGCCAAAAGCCUUGAGGGCUGGCUCACCAACGCCAUGAGCGCCAUUCCCCAGAAGAUGAUCCAGACCAAGGUAUCCGCUGUUAGUGCCUUUGCUCAAACCCUGCGCAGAUACACGUCUCUGAACCACCUGGCCCAGGCAGCGCGUGCAGUUCUGCAGAACACCUCCCAGAUUAACCAGAUGCUGAGCGACCUCAACCGUGUGGACUUCGCCAAUGUGCAGGAGCAAGCUUCGUGGGUGUGCCAGUGCGAAGAGGGUAUGGUCCAGCGGCUGGAGCAAGACUUCAAGGCCACACUGCAGCAGCAGAGCUCCUUGGAGCAGUGGGCUGCCUGGUUGGAUAAUGUGGUCUGCCAAGUCCUCAAGCCCUACGAGGCUCAGCCCACCUUCCCUAAAGCUGCCCGCCAGUUCCUGCUCAAGUGGUCCUUUUACAGCUCAAUGGUGAUCAGAGACUUGACCCUGCGCAGUGCCGCCAGCUUCGGCUCCUUCCACCUGAUCCGCCUACUCUACGACGAGUACAUGUUCUACCUGGUGGAGCACCGUGUUGCCCAGGCAACAGGAGAGACGCCCAUCGGGGUUAUGGGAGAGUUUGCAGACCUGAAUACCAUGUCACCUGCCAACAUUGAUAAAGACGAGGUGAGCGAGAUGGGCAGCGACCUGGACGAGGAGAUGGAGGACUCGGAGGAGCCGCUGACCAAGCAGGAGAAAAACGAGACGGAGGUGAUCCAGGUGCUGCAGGUGGGGGCCAUGGAGGACGGCAGCAGCGCCGUGGUGGGAGUCGUGCAGCCGGGCUCGAUUCAGCUCACUUCAGCCGCCCAUGCCGACCACAUCCUCAGCUCACCCACUGGACCCAGCACCAUCCGCCACUGCAGCGGUGCCGGGAACGCAUACGCCUCUGUGUGAAGAGGCCAAGACAGAGCUAGUCGCUCUUUCUGCUUCGCUGUCUCAUGACUCAUUUUCCCUUCUCUCUGCACACAGUGCACUCUUUCAAGUUCCGUUAUGUCCGCUUUCUCCCUCCCAUCUCUAUCUGUCAAUGUUUAAGGCAUUCUCUUGUGCUCACCAAGGUUGAAUCACACAUAUGAUAACACUACACCUAAUGGCUUAGUUGCAACAUGCAUAGCUACAGCUAGAGUCCUGUCUGCUAUGUGAAGUUUGUGUGAUCAGCUUAUCCAACUCGGAGCAACCCUUGAAAGAGAAGUUGGUGCUGAUUAAAAAAAAAAUGGCGAGUUUUUAACUAUUUUUGAUGACCGAGAGCUCAAAUCCAAGCCACUAGCUCCACAAGGAAAACGAAAACAAUUCUAGAAGUUUAUUUUUGACUUUGUCUUGUCACUUUUUUCUAUUUAUUCAUAGUACUGGUCAUUGUUUACGAUUUUCUACGUGGCUUUGUGUUGCAGUGGGAAACCUUGCUGUAUACUGUGCUGCUAUAACCUCAGGCAGGCUACUGAACUUCUGAACUUCUUAAGCUUGCUUAUUCAUCAGACUGUACCUUGCCCCUUUGCCUUCUGUUUGUGGAAUUAGUCGCUUGGUAGCUUUUUGGAGAGGAUAAGUUUCAUGUACACUACAUAUACAGUGCUUAUUGUGGUAGUAAAAAUAAUUUGUAGUGAUUAUUUUUCCAGAUUGGACCAAAAAUGAGUGGCGAUUGGCUGUUCCGGGCCGUUUGUAAAGCUUUGUUUCCUCUCCCACCUGUGCCGUGUUGUAAAACAGAGCGAAUGUCAGGGAUUUAAUGUACCUCGGGUUCAUCAUAGUGCCUUAACAGCUUUUCAUUUUGUCAUACUGACAGGGAGGCAGUUUUUUUUUCCUUUUUCUUUUUUCUUUUUUUGGUACCGGUAGCUCACUUACCAGUGUGUGGUCAUUGCUCUUACAUUGAUCUCUGGAAUUGGACUUGUGGCUGGAUUUGUGGUCUGUCAUCAAUGUGAGAAGGUACAGCACUGAUGAUUCAGGAGUGCAGUUUAUCCACUAUGUAGGGCUGGCUCGAACAGCGUUUUCCAGGCUUCAGAUACUCUUGGUCUUUACGAAUGAAUACUCGAUUACACGUUGUCGGUAAAAACGCUGAGCCUCAUUCACCAAUAUCUUCCCAAGAAAAGGUCUACAAAUCCCAGAUAAGAAAACAUUAGUGGAUGUCAGAAUCUUUGUGGAAACUGUGCAAGUUUUAAGUUUCUCCUUAAGAAUGGUCGGUGAAUGAGGCCCGAGAAGAUUCACAUUUCAUGACUACCUGUAAUUUGAAAUAUGCAAAUACAUCUGGCUAAAUCGAGAAAUUCCAGAUCAUUGCAGAUCCCUUUUUUGCAAUGGAUGCCUCAAAGAUUCCCUGAGGCAGACAUGCUGUAAAGUUACGUCAGACAUUAAGACAGUCUGACUGGAUUUUUGCUUACCUGGAUAGCAGCGAUGACAUGAAGUAAAUAUUUUACAAUCUUUGUUUAGAGAUUUGUUUUCAUAGCUAGCUUAGUGUUAGCUGGCUUACUGAAUCGGCUUACUUGCCAAUUCAGCCAUCGUGAGUGAAACAACUUUGAUAGAUGAACAUAAAUCUUGUUAAAGCAACAUUAUGUAGGAUUUGGGGAUUUGGAGCCCUCUCUGGUGGAAAUAUGUAAUUGCAUGCAACACAUGGGAGAAUAUUAUGUAAAAUUUGUUGUGCUUCGGACCUCCUCACUCAGGCAAAGCUAUGUGAAGGACGUAGCUUCUGAGGAUACUAUAGCCAACAUAUCUACAUCAGUUUAAUGCUGAUUUUGCAUUUGAGACCUAAAUAUCGAGUUGGACCUUCUUUUUAAGCCAGUGUAUGUGACGUUACUGCGUAAAGAUGUAUAUGAAACUCCCUCAAAACGCUUUAAAAUGAUUAUUUCAGGCUUUACGGUGCAGCUCGCAGUGCAUGUACAUGCACAUGCAUCAUAUUUUAGUGUUUUCUUUUUUUCUACACAGUAACUACAUCUUUCAGUUUUAACAAAAAAUAUAUAGUGCUGCUUUAUAGAUUCAAUACUAUGUUACUGGAUUCUCAUAUAUGUAAAGUUGCAAUCCCUUACAACUUAUAGGAAUGAGCUAAAUCUGUUAGCUACCACCUGUUUGCCUCUAACCGUUUUGCCUAGAUUAAUGGGUUUAUACGUUUUUUGCCAUUUUUUAAUAUCUUCCACUGACUUGGCUUCUUGAUCUAAUCCUUUGUUUAAAUCAAUGAUAAAUAUACCUGUAACUCUGAAUUAUCAGGCAUCCACAAGAAUGUUCUAGAAAUUCUAUUCAGGGUCUAAAACGUUAACAAAAGACACAGUCUGGAUAGUAAAUGAGGCAAAUACCAGCGUGACAAGCGAAUAUUCGAAUGAUUCGAGCCAGCCCUACCAGAGAUUCUUAUUGUGGUACGAUGCGUCUUAUUUACUUCUGAAACUGCUCAAGGCCUGCUCCCUCCCUCGCCUUCUGUGGUUAGGGCAAGGUUUGUGUGCGUGUGCGUGUGUGUGUCUGUGUGCAUGUAUGCAUGCACAUGAGGGCUGGAAUUGGGCUUAGUUGUGUUUUUGUUGAUAGAUUGUUUGUGUAAACGUCACCCUACCUCACACCAGUGGUGCCAGCCCUUGGAUGCAAAAGCCCUGCAGUUCUGAUGUGUUACAUUGUGUUGGUCUCAUCCAAUCACACUAAUUCUGUCCACACUCACAUCCUAUUCAUUCCUAUUGUUAGACACUGGAUAUGUGUAUAGGACCAAAAGAGAGAUAUAAAUAUAUAUGAGGGUGAAUCAGUUCAUACGUUUCUUUUAGUGUGGAAUAGCUGAGCUGGUGGUGUUGCUUUUGUAGCUUCUUUUGUCGAUCGGUUGAUCCGUUAAUUGACUGUGAAAGGGGAGGGGGAGGUCAGUCUGUAUCAUUGGGAGAAGACACAAAAUUGGGUGAUUUUGGACCAAUGAUUUUGCAAAACAAAUGGCUCCCUUUCACCCGAGAGCACCAGCGACAUGCAUUUAAAAAGAGGAUCUCCGUCUGGUGUCUAGUUGCUCCCUGGUAAUAGGUGCUGACUACACAUGAACUCCUUUUUUUGGUACUUGUUAUUGAUUGCUGUCAUGUAAUGGGAAAAACGAAAACACUGGAAAACCAGACGAACUGGAUCCGUUUUGUCUUCACUACUGACGUUUAGUUAUUUUUAUUCUUUUAUCUGACUUGGGUAGCUGCCCAUGGAUGCUGUUUCUUCUUUUUUGUGUUUUUUCCAUGGACACUGUUUACGGCACUGUAUUUCAAGUGUAAUUUGUCUGCCUGAUUGGCUUAUUUUUAAAAUUUUCCUGAAGGUCCUCAAAAGCCCUGCUUUCUGGAACCUAAUCACCAUUUAUUGGACUACAGUUGGCAAAGUAGAAGUCACUUUUUCAUAGAUUUGAGCCGUUAGCCACUGAAUGUGGCACAGUUUGCUGAAAAAAGAAAUAUUAGAGGUUAUGUAACUGAUCUAUUUAGCCCCACCUCCCUGUGUAAAGUUAACCAUGUUUUUAGUUUAGUUUCUCGCUAUGGAUUUGUCAUGUUUUGUUGUAUCCUCUUGUGCCUGGAGUGAGAACAGCUCUAUGCUAUUAGUUAGUUUUAAAUGAAAGUGCUUUUGGUCUUGCAUGCCUUUUUUUAUUGUGCUGCUAGAAUAUCAUUAAUUUCCUUCUUCUAUUUCUUUUCGGACUGUGCCACAGUAAUUAAUGAUUUUACGUAUUCAUUCCAAUCUGCUUGCCUGUUUCUGCCCCCCCCUUUUUUGCCAAAAUGAUGAUGAUGAUGAUGAUGAUAAAAUGCCUGAUAAGUUCAUUUGAACAUAUGUUCACUGUUUAUUCCUGAGAUAUUAGCUGGCGUGCCCUAUUUUCUUUGUCCCACUCCACUGAAGUUGGCCUUGCUGCAACCUGAACCCUAAAAAUGAUCCUUUUGUCACCAAAGUAUGGUGCGCAUCAGGGCGAGGCAGUGAAGGCAGAGAAAACAUGACCUAACAUAUCAAACCCCUGAGCUACUGCAAACAGGAGAGGGAAGGCUCUCCUAGCGAGGCAGCUUCACUGACAAAAGACUUCAGUGCCUUUUGAUUUCACUAAGACCUCCAGGACCAGAGGAAGCUCACCGCUUUGCUUGGCUUCGUAAAGCGGACAGCGGUCGAGUUUCGGCUGGCCAGUCUAAGUAAGGUCUACUCUUAGCCGUGGUUCAGGUGUCCCUGCUGUCCUCUACGUAACCCCCAUGACUUGCACCGACCACAGAUAUGCACAUGUACACGUUUAGGGGCGUAACCGCUCCAUCUCUCCAUCAUGGCGACUGAUAAAUGUGGGGAGUCUUAUACUGAUGGAUCCCUUGCAUAGGAAACAGUGAUGUAAGUAGAGCUGUAUUGGAAUUUCACCAAUAAGAACACUGCACUAUCAUAAUCAUGACAUCCUUUUUUCCCCCCUUUCUAUUGUUCGUGGAGUGAUGUGCUCUUUUUUUCUUUUCUUUUUUUUAUGCUUUUCGGAAUAUUUUAAGUGCCAUUUGACGGUUUACUUAGUGAGUCGUGGCCUGCUGUAGCGCGUCCUAAUGCAAGCACAAGCAUUGUGGUACUCCCUAGCGACUCAACACUGGAGGGGGAAAAAAAAAAAAGCAGUCUUA